CAGCAACUAAGAUUCUGUUAGCGGUCAGCAUUCAACGUGCACUCAUCUUUCCGCGAUCUACUGUCCUCGAUCAUCAAGUCAUCAUUUGAUCAUCCAAUAUGAGGGCCCGCGAUGCUUCCCCGCAGUCAGCAAACCCACAUGUCAUCUAUGUCGCUGAGAAACUCCCCGAUGAUGACUGGCACGGUGUAUCGGAUGUGAAAGAACGUAGGAGGCGCCAGAACCGGUUGAAUCAGAGAGUACGCCGCUAUAAGGCAAGACUCGCGCAAGCUCGUUCUAUCCCUUCGAACGGACACUACCAUCCAGUCACAGCGCUUCAAACGCCCUUGAAUAUAGAAUCAACUGGCGAGCUCCAAAGUACACAACCUCAUCCGCAACAAGAUGUAGAACCCGAACUCACAACCCUCACCCGCUUCUAUGGAGGCCAUAAUAGCAGCGAAGAUAGCAAAGCAACAACAACCACCCGAAACACACCAUCCAUCCAAACCAAAAUCGAUGCACUAUGUGCCAAGAUGCCUAGCACAGACAAAGUGAACAUUUUACUACAACAAUUAGCCAAGUUCCACUCCAGUUACCAGUUGAACUGUCCGCAAGCAGACCAUCUCCUCUCCCUCACGAGGAUGAAUGUCCAUCGCGCCUUCGUCGCAAAUAUGGCUACUCUCGGCAUUACAUGGGAGUGGAUGAAAGACGACUCGAUAUCUCCCUUCUCACUCGGGAGGCCUGGACAUGACUUUCCUGCUAUUCUUCCAGAUAGUCUACGGCCCACGGAGCUUCAGCGUCUAAGUCCCCACCACACUUGGAUUGAUUUGUUUCCGUGUCCCAUCAUGAGAAAUAAUCUGAUUCGGGUAGGUGAUGACUGGGAUGAUGAGGAGUUGUGUACGGAUAUCAUGGGGUUCUGGGAUGGGACUUCCACUGGACCCUAUGGGUUGAUUAUCUGGGGAGAGCCUUCUGACCCUAGAAGCUGGGAAAUUACGGAAGGAUUCUUGAAGAAAUGGGGUUGGUUGGUACAUGGAUGUGUGGAUUUGAUGUGGUCGACGAAUCAUUGGCGAGCGAAGAGAGGAGAGAGGCCGUUGUUUUCGAUGACCAAGGUGUAUCGUCAACUGGGUCAGACUUAGUUGCGGAAUUAGUCUAGGAGACAGUGAAUGAGGAACAAUGGAUGAAAG